GGGAUCCGCUUCAGGAGAGCGGGCUACAUGAUUUGGUUUACUUGGGGUACUCCACCGUGCCUCAUGCCCUGCUGCUGACUUUAUGCGAGAGGUGACAUCCGGAGACCAGCACCUUCCACAUGCCGAUGGGGGAGAUGACUGUAACAUUGGACGAUGUCGCAUGUCUCACGCAUCUUCCUAUUGAGGGGCGGAUGUUGGAUCAUGGGAAGAAGAUGCCCAAGCAUGAGGGAGCGGCACUGCUGAUGACGUAUCUGGGUGUAGCCCAGCAUGAGGCUGAAAAGAUCUGCAACCAGGAGUACGAUGGGUACAUUAGCUACCCGAGGCUGAGGGACUUGUAUACCACGUACCUUGGUAGGGCCAACUUAUUGGCGGGUACGGAGGAUCCUGAGGAGCUGGCGAGGGUCAGGACAUACUGCGUCCGGUGUUACCUUCUGUACUUGGUCGGAUGCUUGUUGUUUGGCGAUAGAAGCAACAAGCGCAUCGAGCUGAUAUAUUUGACGACCAUGGCGGACGGCUACGCAGGGAUGCGUAAUUAUUCCUGGGGAGGUAUGACCCUCGCCUACCUAUACGGCGAGUUGGCGGAUGCAUGUAGGCCUGGACACAGAGCGCUUGGGGGGAGCGUGACACUGCUCACUGCAUGGUUUUUGGCGCAUUUUCCAGGGUUUUUCAGUGUUGAUCUCAACACUGACUACCUGGAAAACUAUCCGGUUGCAGCGAGGUGGAAGCUCCAAAAGGGUCAUGGGGAGGGGAUCACGUAUCGGUCACUGCUUGAUCAUAUACAGUUAGAUGAUGUGUUCGUCGACUUCCGCACUCACACGAUUAAGGCGGACGAUCGGGAUGAGCAGGCAGGAGAGGAUACAUGGCGGGUGGCGGAUGGCUAUGUCCUGUGGUACACUAGGGUGUCUCACCCUCAGAUCUUUCCACCUCUUUCAGGAGAUCUUCCGAGGCCUGCAAAUGAAUAG